UGUGUGUGUGUGUGCGUUUGUUUUCAUGACAAAUCAGGACAAUUUUAUGAUAACACACCUUCACUCUCAGGACCUGUGGAAAAAUAAGGACAUUUUUCGGGUCCUCAUUUUUCCACGCCGUCUACGACACCGGGAGGCCUCCCAGAAUGCUCCCACACAAAAAAAAACGCAUGUCCUAAAAUGUCAUAAUUUUGGGAAAUUCAGUGUGAAAGUGUGUUUAACAAUCGACUCACUUUUUAUUUUAACACCUAGUGGCCAUCUUCUGUACUUUAACACACUUUUCACACACUUUCAGUGACGUCACUGCACAGGUCCUCAUAUUUCACUUUUUUUUGACUCACAAACACAUUACAACAGGUGAGGCGGGAUUAAGAUAGGCCUGCAGUCACACCAUAGUAAAUUCUCUGAAAAAGACACAACCAGAUUCUAGUUUUGAGUGACAAUACAUCUAGUAGGGUAAGAUAGUUAUUAGGCUAACCAAGCCUACAUCCACCUCAGGAGUAAAAGCUUCUUUAUGCAGUGUUCUUCAAUAUUACACGCACAGCAGCUGACACUAGGUUGGCUAAUUAGCCAGCUAGCCUGCUAAAUUGAGGCCAAAUAACAUGCUCUGGAGUUUGGACUCAAACUGUGGAAUGUCUGCCCAAUAAAUGGUAAGUCAUUGCUUUACUUGUAUCAGAAGUAACAGAGAGUAGAAGUUGGUGUUAAAAGUAACUUUUUUCAACAAUGCCCACCCGUGCUAGCUGGAAAUAAUUAGAUAGCUACAGUAUGUGCUAGCUAGCUCACCAUACAAAUGUCUCAUAGACCUGCUGUGUUUAAGCUGCAAUGUCAUUUAACUGGUCACCAAAAUUUAUUGCAGGAAAAAGAUGUAUUGGAAUUAACAGUAGAUAAUACUAUAUAUUUACCAGAAAAUAUCAGCUAUAAUAUAUAUUAACUAAUAUAUAUCCUAGCUGAUAUUUUCCAACAUAAAUACCGCUAAUGCAUAUGUAUAUCAAUUACUCAUUACGUGUAGUGGAAGUAAAAUACUUUGGUAAUUGAAGUAUGGCAGUUGUUUGAUUUGUUGGUACUUCAUUAGGUUAAUACUUUAUGUAAUGUUUUGCUGUUAACAGAUUGAAACAUGUUCCCUUGUCUUUUGGCCUUCGCACCAAAUUUAUUGAAAUCUGUAAUUUUUUAUAAAUGUUUGUAGAUAUUUCCAUGGUGAUGAGCAUGAUGAAAAGAAGAGCCAGGCUCAGUCCUGAAUCUGAGGCUACUCAGUUUAUUUUAUCUGGAGUUGACAGGCCUUGCUUAAAAGUCCAGUGGAUCAAUAACUAUAAAGGUAUGUACUGAAAUACAUAAAGUAUUGUUCCUGUGGUUAUUGCAUGGAGAUCACUUAUAAGUAUCUUUUAUGAGGUAUUAUUUACUAAAUUAGGUGAUCGAAUUGGAAAAUUGUGAAUUCUUUUAUCAUUAAAAAACUAUUUUUCACUUAUAUGUACAUAUUCAUGAUUAUAAUAAUAAUUUUAAUCAAACAUACCGCAUAAGCAUUUAUCAAAAUUAAAUAUCUAAAACAAUGUCAUCAUUAAUGAAAUCACAUUCACAAAAAAACAUAGGAAGGAAAUAAGUUGAUAACAUCUGGAUGACUGACUGACAGGCAUUGUCACUAAUCCAUUUAUUUGAAAACGUAUUAUUGGGGCUGGAAAAGUCACAAAUUACAGUAUCAACAGGAUACAUUGACAAAAUUCCAGCCAUUCCAGCCGUUGCUCUUCAUGAAUUUUGGGGAUAAAAUAACAUGCAUUUGAAAUGUAUAAAAUGCGUAUCAAAUUAUCUGUGCCCAUAAAAAAGUGUUUGGGUAAUAUUGCUUAAUUGAUUAAUUGACCAAACAAUAGUCAGUUAAGAAGCAUACUUGAGGAGGAAAAAAGAGGCAGUCUUUAACAUAAAUUUAAAAACUUAUAAUUUUUAUAAUUACAGUGGGGCAAAUAAGUGUUUAGUCAACCACUAAUUGUGCAAGUUCUCCCACUUGAAAAUAUUAGAGAGGCCUGUAAUUGUCAACAUGGGUAACCCUCAACCAUGAGAGACAGAAUGUGUGGGGGAAAACCCCCCAGAAAAUCACAUUGUUUGAUUUUUAAAUAAUUUAUUUGCAAAUCAUGGUGGAAAAUAAGUAUUUGGUCAAUACCAAAAGUUCAUCUCAAUACUUUGUUAUGUACCCUUUGUUGGCAAUAACGGAGGCCAAACCUUUUCUGUAACUCUUCACAAGCUUUUCACACACUGUUGCUGGUAUUUUGGCCCAUUCCUCCAUGCAGAUCUCCUCUAGAGCAGUGAUGUUUUGGGGCUGUCGUUGGGCUACACGGACUUUCAACAUCAUCAAAAAUUUUUCUAUGGGGUUGAUAUCUGGAGACUGGCUAGGCCACUCCAGGAACUUGAAAUGCUUCUUACACAGCCACUCCUUUGUUCCCCUGGCUGUGUGUUUUGGGAUCAGUGAUCACAGAUCAGUCGUCCUGGUCCCUUUGCACAAAAACAGCCCCAAAGCAUGAUGUUUCCACCCACAUGCUUCACAGUGGGUAUGGUGUUCUUCGGAUGCAAAUCAGUGUUCUUUGUCCUCCAAACACGACAACCUGUGUUUCUACCAAAAAAUUCUAUUUGGUUUCAUCUGACCAUAACACAUUCUCCUAGUCCUCUUCUGGAUCAUCCAAAUGCUCUCUAGCGAACCGCAGACGGCCCUGGACGUGUACAUUCUUCAGCAGGGGGACACGUCUGGCAGUGCAGGAUUUGAGUCCCUGGUAGCGCAUUGUGUUACUGAUAGUAGCCUUUGUUACUGUGGUUCCAGCUCUCUGUAGGUCAUUCUCUAGGUCCCCCCAGGUGGUUCUGGGAUUUUUGCUCACCGUUCUUGUUAUCAUUUUGACAUCACGGGGUGAGAUCUUGCAUGGAGCCCCAGAUCGAGGGAGAUUAUCAGUGGUCUUGUAUGUUUUAAUAAUUGCUCCCAUAGUUGAUUUCUUUACAGGUUAGUUUAACCUAUUGCAGAUUCAGUCUUCCCAGCCUGGUGCAGGAUUACCAUUUUGUCUCUGGUGUCCUUCGACAGCUCUUUGGUCUUGGCCAUAGUGGAGUUUGGAGUGUGACUGACUGAAGUUGUGGACAGGUGUAUUUUGUAACGAUAAUGAGUUAAAACCCCCGCGACCCGACCCCGGAGCAAGCGGAAGAUGGAUGGAUGGAUGGAUGGAUGAGUUAAAACAGGUGCCUUUAAUACAGGUAACGAGUGGAGCCUCGUUAGACCUCGUUAGAAGAAGUUAGACCUCUUUGACAGCCAGAAAUCUUGCUUGUUUGUAAGUGACCAAAUACUUUUUUUCCACUGUAAUUUGGAAAUACUUUAAAAAUCAAACAAUGUCAUUUUCUGUUUUUUUUUCCACAUUGUCUUUCAUGGUUUCAUUGUCUUUCAUGGUUUCAAGUUUCAAGUUUAAGUUUCAACUUAAUUUAGGUUGUUUUACAUUACACUAAUAAGGAUUUUUUUUCCUAUUAGGACGUGGUGUCUUUACCAAUGAACUAAUUGAAAAGGGAUCCUUUGUGUUGGAGUACCGUGGGGAGUUAAUCUCACAGUAUGAACGGGAGAAGAGGCAGAAAAAGUACACAGAAAAACAAAAUUCUUUCCUCUUUGAUUUUGAAUGGAAUGGUAGCACGUGGUGCAUUGAUGCCUCACGUGAAGAUGACUCAAUGGGCCGAUUGGCGAAUGAUGCUAAUAAAGGCCCAAACUGCAGAAUGAAAAAGUUGACCAUAAAGGGUAAACCACAUCUUUGCUUGUUUGCUCUUGAAAACAUCCAAGCAGGGGAUGAAAUAACCUACGACUAUGGAGAAUGUCAGUGGCCAUGGCGAGCAAUGAUACCGAGUGUUAAGACCCUUACUCAGCCUUCUGGAGACCAAGAACAGAGUCAGAUAUAUGCAUCAUUUCAUCAGACACAAAAUCAACCAAUACAAAACGAAGAAGUGAGUCUGAGAUCAUCUGCAUCAUACCAAAAGCUACCAAGUGUUGAGAUCCUGACUCAACCAAGUGAAAAUGACGAAGCGAGCCAGAAUGUAUUCCAACAGCUACCAUGUGUUGAGAUCCUUACUCAACCAAGUGAAAAUGAAGAAGCGAGCCAUAGAGCAUUCCAACAGCUACCAUGUGUUGAGAUCCUUACUCAACCAAGUGAAAAUGAAGAAGCAAGCAAGACAGAAUUCCAACAGCUACCAUGUGUUGAGAUCCUGACUCAACCAAGUGAAAAUGAAGAAGCCAGCAAGAGAGAAUUCCAACAGAUACCAUGUGUUGAGAUCCUGACUCAACCAAGUGAAAAUGAAGAAGCGAGCAAGAGAGAAUUCCAACAGAUACCAUGUGUUGAGAUCCUGACUCAACCAAGUGAAAAUGAAGAAGCGAGCAAGAGAGAAUUCCAACAGAUAACAAGCAUCAAUAUCCUCAUUCAACCUUCUAGGGACCACGAACUUCUUGAGAACGCUACCAUAUCUUCUCAACAGGUAAUUACAAAGCAUUAAUAUACAUUAGUCCAGAAUGUCGUGU